CGUUCUUUGACUUCCUGCCCACGCAAAUUGCACUUCUCAAAUCGUCCGCUGUUCUGGUUUAGAAGGCCAAAUAGCGACACGUCGACAUGUCUGCGGCGUUGCGUGUACUAUAUUCCGUGUCCCGGCCAGGCGCCUUUGCGGCUGGACACAAUCUGGUGCGUCCAAUCAGUCUGUCGGCCCAGAGAGAGGGAUUCAAGUAUGUGAAUGCUCAGGAUCUGCCCACAGACAUGAAGUCCAUAACAGACCGAGCCGCUCAGACUCUGCUGUGGACAGAGCUCUUCAGAGGAUUGGGCAUGACCAUGAGCUACCUAUUCAGAGAGCCGGCCACCAUAAACUACCCGUUUGAGAAGGGGCCCCUGUCGCCCCGUUUCCGCGGUGAGCAUGCCCUGCGCAGGUACCCCUCUGGAGAGGAGCGCUGCAUCGCCUGCAAGCUGUGUGAAGCCAUCUGCCCUGCCCAGGCCAUCACCAUCGAGGCAGAGCCCCGAUCGGACGGCAGCAGGAGGACGACGCGCUACGACAUCGACAUGACCAAGUGUAUUUACUGUGGCUUCUGCCAGGAGGCCUGUCCUGUUGACGCCAUCGUGGAGGGCCCCAACUUUGAGUUUUCCACAGAGACUCAUGAGGAGCUGCUCUACAACAAAGAAAAACUGCUCAAUAACGGAGACAAGUGGGAGGCUGAGAUUGCUGCCAACAUACAAGCUGAUUACCUCUAUCGAUAGACUGACUGGUGCGCAGAUACCCACACACCGACACACCGACCGACUGACUGACCAUACUCUGUUGAUAACCAUGAAACGCACACAGAUGCAGUAUGACAGACUGGCACACACAUUGUAUAGAUAGAUAUUCGUCAGCCUCUUUGACACAGACACACGUCCAUUCAUACUGUACAGUUGAUCCAGAUCAAUGGUUCACACCCAGAUGUGUUUCCAGAGAUCCAGACAGCACUGUUUAUCUAUACUGCAUAAAUAUUGAAUGGGACAAAUAAACAGCAGGAACCCACAGCUCUCCAGAACGAGGUCUGUGUGGACCACUGUAUUUAUAAGCUCAGUUCACCCACAGAGAGAAGCACCCUCAGUCUCCUGUACCGGCAGCCCGACCACAUAUGCCUAUCCUGGGGCACAUUCAAUAGGGAUACGUUGUGGAAAUUUGCAGAAAGAAAUUACAUGAAUAGAGUUGACCUGAUUCUUUAUUCUACUUGUCAGAGAGGCAUGUUUGUUCUACGUACCAUAUUUCUAUCUGACUGUUCCACAGUGCUGUGCCCUACUGAACACACCCCUUAUGUCUUUCCUCAACAGUACUGUUUAUCUGAUUUGAGGUAAGAUAUUGCCCCUAACCACAGAUCUAGGAUCAGAUUUAAGUAACCUUAUCCAUUAGGGGCAAGGAAAUAAAUCUGACCAUGUGUUAGUUGUUAGGGACAACUACCUACUUUGUCCCAAAUGGCAUCUUACCUGCUAUAUAGUGCACUACUUUUGACCAGGGCCCAUAAGAUUCUGGUCAAAAGUAAUGUGCUAUUUAAGGAAUAGGGUGCCAUUUGGGAUGCAGUCCUACUGUUUUAUGUUAUCAUUUGGUCAGAAAGCGUUACACAACCAGUUGGCACAUGAUACUCAGGCUCGAUUAUAAUAUCGUCAAACUAGUAGAUAUAUUAGCCUGCUGCAAACACAAAGUUAAAUGGGGGUUUGUUGUCAUGAAUUGUACAAAGGUUCAAUACUUGUGGACUUCAAAUUAUGAAGAAUAAAUAUUGUUCUGUCCGAAGUUUUCAAA